UUCGCAAUGGUGUUAUUUUAUUUUUUUGUGUUUUCUGUAGCAGUAACGAUUUAUAUAGUAUACUAUUUACUAUCUAAAAAUCACGAUUAUUGGAAGAAAAGGAAAGUGCCGCACUUGAAGCCGUCCUUACUGUUUGGGAACUAUAAGGAAACCAUUUUACUAAAAAAACAUCAGACACAAGUUGCGUAUGAUAUCUGCAAACAGUUCCCAGGUGAGCCUUACAUAGGGACGUUUUUCGGUACGUCGCCCGCCCUUAUCGUACAGGACCCUAGUUUGAUCAAACUAGUUUUUGCAACGGAUUAUUAUUACUUCAGCGGCAGAGAAAUAAACGAUUAUACACAUAAAGAACCAAUAACGAACAAUAUAUUUUUCAUUAGCGGCGAAAAAUGGAAAAUAACUCGCCAAAACCUAAGUCCUUUAUAUUCUUCAGGGAAAAUAAAAGGCAUGUUUCACUUAAUAAAAAACUGUGCCAAUCAGCUGGAGUGCCUUAUUAGAGAAAAGAUGGAAAUUUCACCAAACAUUGACGCAAAACAAUUGCUAGCAAUGUUUACAAUAGAUAUCAUCACUAGCUGUGCAUUUGGAAUAAAUUGUAAUAGUAUGAAUAAAAAUGCAGACAUGACUUCGAAUCCUUUCUUAGCAGUUCGCGAAAGGAUAUUUGACACAUCCAAGUCGGCAGGCGUUAAAUUAUAUUGUAGACAAAUGUGGCCUCAAAUAUUUUACGGUUUGGGAUUUUCACUAUUCGACAAGAAUAUAUAUUACUUUUUCCGGAACAUAUUGGCAGAAGUUUUCGAAUCAAGAGAGGGUAAGCCAUCUACCACUAAUGAUUUCGUUGAUCUAAUAUUAACCUGGAAGAAAAAUAAAGUUAUAACUGGAGUCAGCUUGAGCAAUGAAAAAACUGGAGCCAAAAAGGAGUUAACUAUGGAUGUGGACGAUGAUUUGUUAAUAAGCCAGUGCGUUGCGAUCUUUGGCGCAGGAUUUGAAACUACAGCCACAACCCUGAGUUUCCUUUUGUACGAAAUGGCGAAAAACCAAGACGCGCAAACAAAACUGAUCGAAGAAGUUGACUCUUAUUUUGAGAAGAAUGAAACUAUUGAAUACGAAUGCGUCAAUGAGUUGCCUUACAUCGCAGCCUGUAUUGACGAAACUCUACGUCUAUAUCCAGUACUGGGACUACUUACACGGGAGGUGAUGGAUGACUAUACUUUUCCAACGGGCCUGCGCUUAAAAAAAGGAGAUCGUAUUCACGUUCCCAUAUAUCACAUACACCGUAAUCCCGACUAUUUCCCUGAACCAGAAGUAUUCCGGCCAGAGCGUUUUUAUGGAGAUGCAAAAAAAGAUAUUAAACCUUUCACCUUCUUUCCAUUCGGCGAAGGUCCAAGGAUAUGUUUGGGACUUCGAUUUGCCAAGAUGCCGUUGAACGCUGGUCUUCUCGCGAUAUUCAAGAACUAUAGGGUUGAACUUGCGGAAGGCAUGCCUCAAAGUAUCCCACUAUCAUUGUUUUCUAUAGUCGUCAGUUCAGCAAUUCCAGUUAGACUCAAAUUUAUUCCACGUAAAGCUUAAAAGCAGAAAUUGUUUAAUUGUUAUUAAAUUUUUAUUACGUUAAAUAUUAUUAUAUACAUUAUUUAAGUAGGCCCUUGGAUUCUCUUCUUUCUGUCUGUUUUGCAUAUUUUAAGAGGAAACCGUUGAUGCUGACAUUUAGAACACCAACAUAAACAUUGGCAUCUAAAUGUAGGUAAUUAUAUUCUUACUUACGGUGUUCAUUACUUCAUUAAAUAAAUAUUAGGGCGAAUUCACACAUGGCUUAAAAAAAUAUUGCUCAACACUUGAGUUUAAAGCUGUUAUUCUAUCUAUUAUUUUAUAGGUAUUAUUUUUUUAAUAUCAAUAA